AUGGAUUACCUCCGCGCGAUCCCCCAGGCAGCCACCGCCGCACGCCAGCUGGUCAUGAACCCGCUGGAACAGCUGGACGGCAUCCUGGGCAAGGUCAUGAACAGCGGCACCGUCAUUGCCGAGGCGACGGGAUCCGGCGGUGCCAACGUCACCAACAACAUCACAUCUGCCGCCGGCAAGUUCAUACAGAGCUCCAUCGCUGCCGUGCCCGGUGCCGCCGCUUCAGCAGCCGCUGCUGCCACCAGCGGCGAAGCUGCCGACGCUGCCGACGGCCUGUUCAACCUGGACUACAUCUGGAACCUUGGCAAGAUCGGCGGCAUCUUCAGCUACCUCACUUCGAGGUGGGCUCUUGCUACCUUCACCGUGGCUAUUCUACUGAAUCGCACCCAAUUCUACGCCUCGUCCCGCAUCCCCUUGAACUUCCGCUGGCAUGUUCGCCUCGCCGUCUACCUCGCCCCAAUCGUGACGUUGAUCUACCAGACUCAAUGCUUGCUCCAAGCUCUUCGUUGCCAAACCUCCCCCGAAUGGUCGCGACUGCGCUACAACGACGCAAAGCAACCCCUUGCUGUUGAUAUGGCGGGCGAGGGCGGCUUGCUUUACAAAGUCAGUUCGAACAUACUCUAUUGGGAGGAUGACAUGGCAUCAUGCCGGGCUGUGAACAUGGGGCACUCUGAAGGCGAGUUCCUGUCACUCAACGGAUCUCUUGCACGUCUCUGGCCUCUUCUCUUGAGCCUUUGCUUGAGUCAAUUCAUCGAAACCAUGUCAUGCGCCCUCCAAGGCCGUCAGCCCAUGCCGGAGACGGGCAUGACCUUGUUCGAACACUCGUUGGCAUUCUCAGAAGCUGAAGCCAUGUUGAUGAAACCUUUCGACCUUGGCAACUCGACUGCCACCGUGACCAGGACCGACGGCACAACCUUGAAAUUGACGCGUGGCAUGCUCCUUCAAGUUCUCAACGUCGCACCCGAAGUUCUUGUCAUGGCUAUCGUAUCAAGCUUGAGCCACUUGAGCAGCAACUUCCUCGCUGUGCUUGGGCUGAGGACCCGCUUCAGACUUGUCAACACGGGUGUCUGGGGUGUCGCCUAUAUGGUCGUCUUCGUAUGGACCUUCCUGCGAAUGACGGGCAUGAUUGGGUCCAUUCCCCAUGACCUUGGAAUACUCCGCAUCCCGACCGUCUGUCUCGUCGGCUUCAUCCCCCAUCUCUUGAUUAUGCUUGGCCUACUCGCCUGUGCAAUCAUUUACGGGCUGGCUUUAGUAGUCACGGCCAUGAACCUCCCCUCCGGAGCCGAGCAGACCCUGACACUGAAGGAGAGGUUCAGGACUGCAUACGGAAACCUGCAAGCCAACGUCCAUUUCUCUGGAAGUACGCCGAUCAGCGUCAGUUGGUCGGACGACUUCUACACUGCGCUUCUAAAGAUUGGCUUCACCGUUCUCACGGCGGCAAGCGAAGCCGUUUUCCUCAAUGAGGGGACUCCCAUCCGCGUCAGCGAGAUGACCUGGCUGGAGAGCAAGAGGAUCGAAGAAUUGGUGGCGCGCAGGGCCAUGGUUCAACGCACCAUUGAUGGAAUCCCUGCUGAACUGCGCGAAGAUUUCGUCGCCGAGGGAGUCAAGGCGAGAGACGUACCAGAAACUGUUACUGGCCUUCGUUCAGGAUAUGCCCGCGAGCGUAAAACGCGCGGGCAGAAAAGCCUGCCCGAGGCCAGGGCCGCCGGGAGGGAUAACGGAGUGGGUCUGUUGCAGCGGCGUGGGCGUUGGAUCAUGACUUACGAAUUUGCCAAAGGCAUCCACCGGCUGGUUUUGGCCAUCCAGGCGCGCGUCCUGCUUUCAGUCAUGGGCAAGCUGAGGAUAACUCGGCGGCCGCAGUGGCUGCUGAAGCUUGCAGGUGUGAACCAGAGGCCUUCGGGAACGAAGCCUUCGAGGAUCAGCCAAAUGGCGGCCGGAUUGCGUUCUCGAGAGCUGGAGUUUUGGUAUCUCUCGCCGGAAGGCAGACUUACUUUGCCGGCGGACGCGAAUGUUGAUGUGGAAAUGGAGACCAGAAGGCGACUUGAACAGAACGGCAAGACCUUUUUUGGCGAGGAGGUCACUGAGGAGUCACUCAGCUCCAACCUGUACUCUUGGUGGAAGAACGGUGGAUGGUGGGGAGACGUUGACUCGAGCGGCGACUACACACUCCCAUCCGAUCAGUCUGAAAACGACGAUACCACGAGUUUCAUUUCCAUGUCAACAGCCACUGGCGAAGAGGACUGGUCCGAUAUAGCCGAUGAAGACGGCCGGCGCACGCCAACUCAGAGGGAUCCUCACGCUGACAGGGGAGAGACGCCUUCAUUCGAGGAUGCCUCGCUGGAUCCGGCCCUACUGGCGCGCCUUCUUGACCCCCAGACAGACGAGGACAGAACCGAAGCGCAGCUGCUCGCCAGUCAUCUCCGCAGCAGCCGUAUCAUGACGCGCUCGCAAUAUCGGAAAGCGGUUGAGCAACACCGUGGUCGCAUCCUCACAUCACGCUACCGUCCCGGGCAUGCGUACUCGGCCAUGACUCCCGAGGAGGAAGAACGCGCGCUUGAACACUACAUCCUGGAAAGACGCAACGCGGCGGCACAACAGCACAGCAGCUCUUCCGGCGCGGACACUUGGGCCACUGGUGCCGACGGCAUGGGCUCCGGUGGACCUCAGUGUGUCGUCUGUCAGGCCAGUCCGCGCACGAUUUUAGUAUGGCCGUGUGGGUGCCUCAGUCUUUGCGACGACUGCAGAGUCGGGCUCGCGACCAGGAACUUCGACUCUUGCGUCUGCUGCCGCUCGGACGUCGCUGCGUAUUCUAAGCUCUUCGUCCCUUAA